AGAGAGAGAGAGAGAGAGAGAGGCAGUACCUGAAAUUGUUGACCAUUUUUGGUUCGUAAAUCUGAAAAUCGUUCUGUAAAAAGGUCUAGAAGUUCUUGUGUGCAUAUUAUCGUUCUCUUCAAGAACUUCGAGAUCGUCAAGGGAAAAGGAGAAGUUUGUUUUUUGAACCCGUAUAUAGAACCAGAUCACAAUUAUUCGUCUGAGGGGAAGUGAAAGGGAGAAGAAAUGUGGGGCCCACCUUCGAAUAACGGGGAGAGGAUGGCUCCGAUGGCUAGGCUGGUGGCGGUGGCUAUAGACAGGGAUAAGGGCAGCCAAAUUGCACUUAAAUGGGCUGUUGACAAUCUUCUUGUUAAAGGGCAGACUGUUAUUUUGGUUCAUGUCAAAGUUAAACAACCUCCCUCUGGAUUUUCCCCAUCACCUUCUUUAGGCGGCGCCUGGUCUAAUAUGACCGAUCCAAACGAGGACGCUGGAGACGAAGCGCUAUUAAAGGAGCUAUUCCUUCCUUUUCGGGUCUUCUGUACACGAAAAGACAUAAAUUGCUACGAUAUCGUGCUUGACGACACAGACGUGACAAGAGCUAUCGUCGAGUUCGUAAAGCAAUCCACAAUCGACGUGUUGGUUCUCGGUGCUACAGUCAAAGGCAACAGCAUCUUCAGAAGAUUUAAAGCAAAAGAUAUACCUGGAAGUGUCCUAAAAGGCGCUCCCGAUUUUUGCAACGUGUAUGUAAUCAACAAAGGAAAGAUUUCUUCCACGAGAGCCGCCUCUCGCCCUCCUCCAUCGAUUUUCAGCCCACUUCGUAAUCAGAUUCUUUCUCAAGCCAACAGCAAAUUUUAUGGAUCGGACCCACCUAUGCCCUCCUCCACCUCUUCUUCUAGAAGUUCAUACUCAGGACACUCAAGGCCAGGAUCCGAACCAUCUCCACGUGCGAGGCAAAACGAGGCAAACUUCAUUAAGUCUCCAUUCUCUCACCGGAAAGCGCCGAAUGGAAAAGCGUACGACCUUUCGCCGCCAGAUAAUGAUAUAUCAUUUGUCAGUUCGAGGAGAAGCGUUGAUAUGUUUCCUACGUUCAGCGAGAGCUACGAUGGGGCGCCCACCCCCCCUCGUCUUUCUGGAUUCUCUGACGCCGACUAUCAAGGCUUCGAUUCUUGGAGCCACGGACGCAAAUCGGUGGACAUAAUGUCACCGAUGGAACUUUCUGCUUCGCCUGAAAAUGAUAAAGCAUUCGUGGCACAGUCUAUGGAUGAAGUGGAAGCAGAAAUGAGAAGGCUAAAGCAGGAGCUGAAGCAGACAAUGGAGAUGUACAGUACUGCAUGCAAAGAAGCACUCUCAGCAAGAGAAAAGGCAAAGGAGCUACAGCGCUGGAAAAUCGAAGAACAGAAGAGAUUAGAAGAUGCACGGUUGGCAGAAGAAGCGGCAUUGGCUGUGGCGGAAAAGGAGAAGGCAAAAUCUAAGGCAGCUCUCGAGCAUGCAGAAGCAGCUCAGCGAAUAGCAGAGCUCGAAGCUCAAAAGAGAAUCAACGCAGAAAUGAAGGCAUUAAAAGAAUCGGAAGAGAAGAGUAGGGUCAUAAACUCUCUGUCGAAUUCAGAUUCUAGGUACAGAAAGUACACAAUCGAGGAAAUCGAAGUUGCUACCGAAUAUUUUGCGCAAUCUAGAAAGAUUGGAGAAGGAGGUUACGGGCCUGUGUACAAGUGCUAUCUGGACCAUACACCUGUCGCUGUGAAGGUCCUUCGGCCGGAUGCUACUCAAGGAAGAUCGCAGUUUCAACAAGAGGUCGAAAUUUUAAGCUGCAUAAGGCACCCAAACAUGGUCUUACUCCUAGGCGCCUGCCCAGAAUACGGUUGCCUAGUUUACGAGUACAUGUCAAGCGGAAGCUUAGACGACUGUCUCUUCAAACGAGGCAAAAACCCGCCUCUCUCAUGGCAGCACAGAUUCAGAAUCUCCGCCGAAAUAGGCACCGGCCUCCUCUUCCUCCACCAAACCAAACCGGAGCCGCUAGUCCACCGCGACCUCAAACCAGGGAAUAUCCUCCUCGACCGGAAUUACGUCAGCAAAAUCAGCGACGUGGGCUUGGCCAGGCUGGUUCCGCCAUCUGUCGCCGACAACGUGACACAGUACCGUAUGACCUCGACAGCUGGCACUUUCUGCUACAUCGAUCCAGAGUACCAGCAAACGGGCAUGCUCGGUGUGAAAUCGGAUAUCUAUUCUCUCGGGAUUAUAUUCUUGCAGAUUCUUACGGGGAAGUCUCCGAUGGGGUUGACUCAUCAUGUUGACCGAGCUAUCGAGAGAGGGACUUUUGCUGAGAUGCUCGAUCCUUCUGUGACUGAUUGGCCUUACGAGGAGGCUCUGAACUUUGCGAAGUUAGCACUUAAGUGCUCUGAACUUAGAAGGAAAGAUCGGCCGGAUCUUGGUAAAGUUGUGCUUCCACAUUUGAAUCGAUUGAGGGAGCUCGCGGAAGAUUGCUCGUUCAAUUCGAUGCCGUACAGUGCUAAUCCCUCGCCUUGUCAUAGUCAAGUUUCCAUAUCGAAAGAAGAUUUAAGCUAUCCACCAUCAACACAAUCGAGCAUGGGGAGCUGAUGAUAUGCAGGUAGAUAUAGUAUCGAUUUCACUGAUACGUACUUUUUUUUUGUUGUAUACGGAAAUAUAUAGAAGCAACGUUUUUCUACUUUUUAAUGUAAAGAAAGCUCGAUGCUGCUGUACUUCGAAACAUUAUAGUUUCACAAGGCAAAGGGUUGUGCAUCUCUUUUUGUAAAUGAGGUAACAAUUUCAGUUCAAAAAUUCCUUGUAAUAAUAUCAUAAUUAAAUCAAUAGAUAAACAAAAAAA